GAAGACCAACGAAGAAGAAGAUGAAGUCAGCAACGUGUGACGUCAGACCUGCUGGAAGAGGGAAACAGGAAGUGGUUGGAUAACAACGUUUCAGUAUACGUAGUGGGGAAAAAAACAUUGAGUCUAUUCACGGGAAUUUGCUUUUAAAUCUGAACGCAUUUGGAGACAGACAUGAGCAGUUUUAGUCACUCCGUCCAUCACAGGACAACAUCGUUCACCAGAGGAACACAUCAUGGAGCAUCUAAGCAGGACCUGGACCGGGAUUCAGGCUUCUCAGAUGCCAGCUCUGAGUACCUAAGUGCAGUUGAUGGGACCGACUGUGAAGAUGCAGGGAGGAAAAGGUCCACAGUCGGCCAGGACACGGCUGGUGUGCAGCUGGCUGUGAUGGGAGGCUCGUAUGCUGGACUUUCGCCGAUGUUGAUUAUGAAUAACUUUGUCCUCAAUCAGCCUUCGCAGGUGACUCCAGCAGAGAAACAGUGGGGCUUUCCUUCGUCUGUCAGCGUUAUGUCUCCAUCUCAGAUGGUUCUGCUUCAUCCAAUGAUGUCAAACAGCAGCAGCUCACCAAAAACAGCCUCUGACAAUGGCAAGCAAUCAAAAAGCUACACGUCCACUCUUAAGUCCUACCCCAGAAUUGCCCCAAACCCAGUGGACGCACCCUCAAAGAGGUCCUCCAAAAUGAGGAGUUCAUUAUCAUCACACAGAAGACAUCAGCAAGGCAACAGGCUGUAUGGCGCCCCCACCGCUCAGAGUGCCGCGCCAGCUUACAGUAAAGCCAGUUUGGCCAAGUUUGAAGCAGCAAACAACCACUCGGCUCUGUCUGCUGAGAGCUCAGAUCAGCUCAGCGAGAAGUCGCUCUCCUUCACGACAGGGAUCACCACCUCUGUGGCCCCACACGCAAAUCAGUGCAGGACUGAAGUAGAGCCCAACCGGUCAUGUCCUGACAAUUACCAAGACAGCCUCUCGGCAGAAAGCAACAAGUUGACGCGUUUCAGCAACACGUACAACAUCCUGAGCAACUGCGGCCUGCUGGGCAUCACUAUGCGCACCAAGCAGUUAAUCAAGGAGAACAAGCGCACCCAAGGUCAGCUGCAGCUGCUUCAGGAGCAGACCGCACUCCUGCUGGAAGCUCUAGGGAGCGGCGAUCCUCACCUGUGGACUAAACUCCAGCUGUCUAUGCAGGACUAUGAUAAGUAACAAUCAAGUAGUGACAUGGUUUUCCUACACUGUGUUGGUGCACAUACAGGUAACCAGCAGCUUUCAAUGUGAGGAAAUGGUAUGUCCCCAGGUGUCAUUCGUCAAAUACUUGUCAGUACAAGCUUGUAAUAUUGCCAUCAGCCAUGUUAGCUGCUUGUGUCUGAACUUUAAACAAUCAGUGCUGCUGGUCUAAAACCCUUGCCUAUAAUAAUUGUCCUUUUUAAGUAGGGCUAUAGCCGCUAUGGUAAACCGCAAUCGAGCAUGGCACGACAAGCACAUUAACAGAUGUAUUGUUCCAAGACUUUUGUAGGACCUCGUACUAAAAAGUAAGGCACGAGAAAAGGGAAGACAUCGUUUGCGUUGCAUGAGCAAGUUUCGGAAAAGAAUACACUCUCAUGCUACACACUUUUAAGUCAACGGAACGAUGUAAUUCAUAGCAUUGUCAUGCAAAAUAUAGUAGCACGCCAUGAACACCGUGAGCUGUUCCGGUGGUAGAAAAUGCACAGUAGAUCCUCCUUAAGGCUUCACUUUUUGUAUGAUUUCUCUAAGAAGUCCAUAAACAACAUUGCAUUAUGGAAUGACUUUUACGGUACAAGACGCUAACGGUUUUGGACAAAUAGGAUACCGUUUCACACGUGCAUUCCAAAAAAACGCCCUCAUACGUAAGAAGUGUCGAUCUUGUAAUUGUUUAAUUUGAACUAUCCACUCCUCCCUCGUCAAGUGUGUAAUGCCAGUUAACCGAAAUGUCUUUUUUUAUAUAUAUAAUUUACUUGUUGAUCUCUAUUAUAAGUAUUAUUUAUUUGUGAUAAGAUUUUAUUUUUGCAGAAGCUAUUAUUUAAUCCUGCCAAACACAUUUUAACUUUGUUACUGGAGAAAUUGGUUUUAAAAAGAAGGUCAAAUUGUAUGAAGUGAAGUUUUGUGGCCUUGUAUCUACUUCAGGAUCUGCUAAUAUCUUCUGUUUUGCUUAACGGGGGUCAUGAUGGCACAACAGUAGCAGAAAUUCGUUACAUAUCAGCCUUUUGCACUUUAGUUACUAUAGACUGUCGCCCUGCUUGUUUUUUUGUUGUUGUUUUUUUUUAUGUGAACAUGAAUGUUAACUGUGCCUUUUUGAAUGUUUGUAUACUCGUGUUAGUGCUUGAGCUGCUUGGAUUGCUGUAAGCAUCUGCAAAGAUGCAAGUUUCACAUGGAGGAAGAAGGUUGCAUGUAGUCGAAGCUCUCCAAAGAAUCAAUCAUGGCGAGGAUUAAUGGCAACUUGGAAUUCUUUAUUUCGGCAAUACUACCUUGCAAUACUUUACAGGCCAUAGUAGUAGUAACUCUAUUUUAACAAACAUAUUUGACCUUUUUUUGUGUGAAAUGUGCCUCCUGUCACAAACGUCACCUUGACUAACGGUCAUAAAACUGUAAAGUCAUUUCUUCUGUCUUGUUCUUCAGGUACAAAUAUUCUGUCCAAUAAAGAUGUUACGCAACUACACAGAAAA